ACAAUGACGGUUCCUACCAUCCCCCCUCGUCCAUCUCGAAAUGGCCAAUCCUCCGGCAAUUCCACCAACAACGACGCCCCUUGCAUUCCGGCUCGUCCGAAACGCACGACGGAAGUCGCUGAGGAGCGCUCCUACACGCGCUCUCCCCUCAACGACCCGACGUUCCACAACAAAAACGGACUCUCCCUCUCAAAACAGAGUUCUCAAGAAUUCCCCCAACGCCCCCCAAGCGUGAACCUGCCGACCAUCGGCCACGAAGGCGAAGAGUACGACAACAUGUCCUUCGGGACGCCGCCCGGCGAGCAGACGAAAAACAUCGCCGAGGACCUCCCGCUUCACGCCCCGAAAGCGUCGUUCGCGUCGUCCACCGCGAAGUCGCGCAUCCAGAACGUCACGCGCACAGACUCCCAACAAGCGGCGGCGGCGGGCAUCGGCAAGGCGGUCGGUGACAUCGACGAACGCCCGUCCGUUCCUGAACGACCUUCUUUGGCGCGGACCACGUCGUCCCAUAGCCAGAGCAGUCGCCCGGCGUCGAUCUACAAAGACGACGCGGAAGAAGGCAUUCCCGAAAUUGGUGUUCAAAUCCCGCUGUACAAGAAUGCUGGCGACGUACAAGCACCUACCCCGACUCUAGGCCCAUCAAAUCACUCGGCGACGAGUUUGCCGCAGUUGUCGCGCAAGACCGCCGCUCCGGAUCCGUUUACUGGACCGCCGGGCAGUUAUGGGAUGCAUGGACACGGCUUUGGGCCGAAGAUAACCAAGAUUGAGAAGCAGUGGUAUCAGAAGCAUCCGGAGGAGUUGGCGAGGGAGACGGAGGGAGAAUACGGACCGGCCAUUUCGGCGGAUCGGAAGGAUUGGCAUUUGAGUAGUACGGAGUUGAAUGAAUUGGUCUAUGGGAGCGCGAAGCGGGCGGUCGGAAGUGGUGAGUCUUACGGUUCCGGGCCCGUCGGCACCCCCGACGAAGAAAUCGGAAACCGCGCCGCCGAGGAGUAUGCGUCCCGCAUCGCGUCCCCCCGCCCUCCCUCAGCAGGCGGCAAACCCCGCUCCAGCAGCGGCCAAGACGUGCACGUCGAGUCCCCCCUCCACCAAAUGAGCUUUCCCGCCAGCGAUACCGACCCCGUCUCCCGCCUCAAGCACGACCACGCCAUCGACUCCGAUCACGAAGACCACGACGAGGAUGUCAUCCACGUCCGCGACUCCCGGCGUGGCAGCUACAUGUGCGGCACCGCGUAUGAGCCGUCGCCCGACGCCAUCGGUAUCCGCCCCGAAAGCGUCACCGGCGACGAUGAUAUCCACCCGAUCCUCGCCGGCGACGAGGUCAUGAAGAACCCCUCCGGCGAGUUCCUGCAGCCGGCCGUCACGCCUGACCCGGACCGACUGGCCCUGGAGAUGGACGAGGCGCGGCAGAAUGCAGGGUCGCGCUCGCACAGCCGGGCACACAGCCGGGCACACAGCCGGACGAAUAGCAUACAACUGGCGCUCUCGCGGGCCUCGUCACACGAUGAGGGCCGGGAGUCACCGGUCGCCGGCCGCACGAUGCUAGAAGAUGUGUACGAAUACGAGUCGCUGUUCCCGGAGGACGACGAGGACACGCGCAAGGCGAAGGAGCACCAUAACGCGACGCUGGCCGGCAAACCGAAGCGGUCGUCCUUCGCGCGGCAUCAAUUCCCGAGCCAGGACGUGUGGGAAGACGCGCCGUCGUCGCUGAUGUACACGACGGCAGUCGAGACGCCGGAGCCAUCGCUGCAACCGGCACACGGGGAUGCAGACGCCCACCACAAAUACCCGGCCUUCGAGACCCCCGCGUCCGAACACGCCCGCCACUCCGCCCUCUCCCAAUCCUUCCUCCCCGACCACCUCGCCCGCCUCGGCGCCACCCCCAAACCUGCCUUCCAUCCCUCUGUCGCAUCCGAAACCCGCCCGACCGCUGCCCAACGCUUCCCCAGUCAAGACAUCUGGGAAGACUCCCCCGACUACACCCAACUCGUGGCCGAAGUGCGCCCUUCCCCUUCCCCGGACGCCACACCCGCCGACACCGCCCCUCCCGCGGCCGACAAGAAACCACCCUCCGUCCCUGAGCGCGCAAAACCCAGCAUCCCCGCGCGCCCUGCUCGCAAACCCAGCACCCCAAGCUCGGAAGGCGCUCCGGUCGGCUCGUCACUCGAGAAGACGCCGAGCGCCGAGCGCGCCAAGCCGGUUGUUCCGCCGCGCGGCGUGGGGAGCAAGCUCGCAGCGCUCAAAGCCGGGUUCAUGAGUGAUUUGAACAGUCGGCUGCAGCUAGGACCGCAGGGGCCGAAGAAGUCCCCUCCGGAAGAGUCCACGGUGACACCGGAGCCGGAGGCGGAGAAGGCGCCGUUGGUGGACGCGAGGAAGGGGAGGGCGAGGGGACCGCAGCGGAGACGGCCGGGGGUGAGUCCUGCGGCGGACGGGGCGGUGGCGGCGAAGACGGUGACUUUUGAUUUCACGCCGACGGUGACGUUGUUUGAGAUUGAUGGGGAGGGAUGGGUGGAGAAGGAGAUUGUGAACGGGAGGGGCAAGGAGACGAAAGAUGCGGAGGAGGUGGAGGAGGUGAAGGAGGAGGUGAUGGAUCAGAGUACGCAGACGGGGUUGACGGAGGUGGAGACGGAGCGGGAGAAGGUUACGAUUUUGGAAGGGGGGAAUGCGGGGACGGGGGGAAUGGUGGUGGUGGGGACGGUGAAGGAUGCGGCGAAGGAUGGGGAUGAGAAGUCAUGACCAUGCGAUAGGGGGGAAGGAGUGGAGGAGACGUAAUGGGUUUGGUGGUGUAUUAGAGUGUUGCUCAUUCCGUUGAAGAGGACAUUGUUUCGGUACUGGCAAUAAUUUAUGUGUAUGACUUUGGUGUUUGAAUGCACCCAGACCCCCAUAUUAUAUACCAAUAUGGUGAUUGUCUGUGGUGCUUUGGGGG